CUCAUGUACAUUGCAACUAGUCAAGUGAGCUAUUGGCGUUUCCUACUCCGCUACGAAUGGAUUUAUAAUCGAAUUGGGGUGGCUGUUCUCAACAGGAAAAGAAAAUAUAAUAGCCUCUCGAAAGUGCAUUCUACCAUCCAUACUCAACGCAGCACUUGGCUUGCUUAUUCACAUAAUCUUGAAUUACCUGAUCUAUAUAUUAUAAACCGCCGAGAACACAGAAUGACUCCCAAGAUUUUUAUAACUGGUGGUACUGGCUAUGUCGGAGGCUCAGUUCUUCACACCAUCGUCACAGAUCACCCGGAGUACGAAGUCACAGCUUUCCUCCGCACCGUUCCCCCAACCUUUUCGACCCUCUACCCAAACACUAGGAUCGUGAAAGGUGACUACGAUAGCUCCGACAUCCUUACCUCAGAAGCUUCCAAUGCCGAUAUUGUCAUCCACAACGGAGAUUCGGACCAUGAGCCGUCCCUCAACGCCCUUAUAAAAGGCCUCCUUCUACCUCGAUCGACCCCUGGCUAUCUCCUCCACCUCUCUGGCACAGGCAUAACUUCGGACUGGGCCUCCACUUCUUUUCUCGGACGCUCCAACCCCAAGAUUUGGUCCGACAUACAUGACCUCGACGAGGUUCGUGCAAUCCCUGAUGAAGCUUUACACCGGAACACAGAGAAGAUUCUCCACGAAACGGCAGCGAAACAAGGCGAUCGUAUCAAUAUUGCGGUCAUUUGUCCGCCAGACAUAUACGGGAAGGGCAAAGGGCUAGGCAAGACAUGGAGUGUAUUUAUGCCACUUUUUUUGAGGGAAGUGAAAAAAAUGGAAGGUGGGAGGGUGUUCUACUACGGAGAAGGGACAAAUGCCAGGGGUUGGGUUCACAUUGAUGAGUUGAUGGAAAUAUACUUGAAAGUUGUGGAGGCGGCUGUUGCGGGGGGAGCUGGAUUUGGUUGGAACAAAGAGGGCUACUACUUCACAGGAACCCAAGAACACUCCCAAUUGACCAUCGCGAACGCGACCGCCAAGGUCCUUGCCUCCCACAACAUGAUCAAAAACACAACUCCCCUUCAACUCUCUUCGCUUGACAGGCUUGACACCAUGAUAGACUAUCCCGGGUUCUCAAAACUUGGGAGAUAUCUUUACGCCAGCAAUUCGCGCACGAGGGCUGACAGGGCCGAGAAACUUUGGGGAUAUAGGGCGAGUGCACCGGGUCUCUUGGAGGUGUUGGAAGAAGAGGUGCUGGAUGCUGUUCAGAGGUUCUAG